GACUGGAACUUUUCUUUAGAAAGUUUGGUCCCCAGUUCGGAUCUGCCUUCGCUCUCUCGUUUUCUCUCUGUGGGAGGCAGAGACCCACCCAUCAGGGGAAUCCUCAGAGGCUGGACGCUCUCUGACUCCCCCCCAUUCUUGCCUUCCCUCCCCCUCAGCUGGUAGGAUUUGGACUAAUCCGAGCUGGAGACGAGGCCAGUUUGCGGUUCUCCUGAAAGAAAGCAUCCCCCUGGCCUGCACUAUUCAGGCAGAAGAAGAUGUGGCACUUUCAAAUCCUGCUACUGGUCUUAGGGAGCUCGCCCCUCUGGGUGAUCACAGAAGCCAGCACAACCUUACCAGAAGAUGGCAUGACCACGGCAGUCUCCAGUGACUGGCAUCCUCGUGGUUCUGAUGAUGCAUCAACACCGCUGCCCCCAAGAACCAUAAGACCCCACCAUACCACAGGAGCCGAUGACAAACCCACUCCAGAGCCCACAGUCCACAGCAGAGAGAACUCCACGGACUCCAGGGUUAUAACUGACCAUCCCAGUGAGAAAGUGGGUGGAGAGACAAAGACAGCAACUGAGAAAGGAGGCUUGGAGACUGUAGCAUUGGUGGGAAUCAUUUUGGGAAUCGUGAUCGCCAUUGGUAUCAUUGCUGGAAUCGUCAUUGCAGUCGUGAGGAAAAUGUCGGGCAGGUACUCGCCAUAGAUGACUGGAGAAUCAUGUCCUUCUGCCAACUGUUUUAUUUUUUAAAGAGAGCUCCUAUUUUAGCUUCCCAUACCCAUGUGAGAAGAUGAUCUGUGGAAGAGCUGCUCCCCCAGUUCGAAAUCCAUGGUGAUCCUGAAACUCUCCCAGGGGUUCCUGAGCUGAAAAUGAGAAGGCUCCUCCAGCCUGUGACUCUGAACCUAUGUUAUUUUUCAAUCAUUUUUUUUAUUUUUAUAUAUACACAUUGUAAAAGUAGGUGACAUGACUCAAAAAAUGUCUAACAGUGGAUAGGAAACAAGGAAACAAUGACCAGUGAGCCCAUAUGCAACCAAAAUGGCAGCAACAGAAUCCCAAUGGUAUUGGAACGCUCUUAAUGUGCUCAGUUGCUAUUGAAAGCAAAAAGGAAUGUGGAAAUAUUGGCAUUCACUCUACUCAGCUUGUACUGCUGUUAAAUGGGUCAGAGGGUCAUAAUUCUAGAACUGGGGAGGGGGGGACAUUUGUAAGGGCCAUUGGGGCAGAGGGGAUAGAGCCUUGUGUUUAUACCUUGCCUCCAAUACUUACUGGCUAUGUGACUGUGGGCAAAGCACUUCACCUUUCUCAACCUUAGUUCCCUUAUUAAAAUGGGAGAACAGAGUCAUAGCCUUAGAAAGGAGGGGCAUAGAGGUCACCUAGUCCAACUCAUCAUUUUACAGAUGAGAGAACUGAGAUCAAGUGAAUUUCCCAAGCUGACACUUACCUAUGUCAUCACCUAAGGUUGUGAGGAUCAGAUAGACAAUAUAUGCAAAACAUUUUGCAAACCUUAGAAAUGUCAGCAAUCAUCAUUAGAGGUUACCUAGCCCAAGCCCUUCCUUUUAUAGUGAAGAAACUGAGGCCAGAGAGGUAAAAGGACUUAACUCAAGGUCGCACAGGCAGUAAGUGACAGUGGUAGGAUUUGAACCCAAGUCUUCUGAUUCCAAAUUAAGGACUCUUUCCACUGUACCAUGCUGUUCCAGGAGAUAGCUUCACAUACUCUGAUGGGCUGAGGUGCGCAAGACCUUAGGCUCCUUUUUCCUUAGAAUUUGGAAUGAGCAGUGAUCAAAAAGCGUCCUAAGCCUUUGUGAUGUAGUGAACAGCUGUUUCUAGUUGAUUGGGAUAAAAUACUUCAAAGACUCCCUCAUGGAGUCAACCAUUGGAGAUAGUAAACAGGAAAUCCAUGAUUCUGGGAAGACAAGUCCUCCCCUCCCCCCACCAAGGCCUCCUGGGCUGCUUAAAAAAUUUCUCCAGAAAGGACUUGUUGACUCAAUGUUUUGAGCUGACAGCCUCCCAUCUCUGCAUGUUUUGAAGUGAAUGGGUCCAGGGUGGUCCUCUACUUAAAGGAAGGUUGGUUUCUGAUUGGCUGCCAAUACCACAUCACUAUAACCCCUCUGAUCCUUAGCAUGUGGCCCUGCUGGGCUAGAUCAUACAUUGCAGCCACAAAGCUGCCAGCAGCUAACAUGACUCAGGCUUAAAAGCAUUUUGCUACAUAUCUCUAAAUCAUGAAGGACCCUUGUACUGGGAUACACUGCAAGUAGCAGAACGUGUCAGUUUUCCUGCAUUUAUUUGCCUCCUUAACCUUUGUCACAUUGGAGAGAUGUAUGAAAUGGAAAACGAAUGUAGCUAGAGUUAAAUUUUUAAACAGCAGUAAGGUUUUAAAGCACAUAUGACUCAAAAACUUUUCCAGUUCUUCAUUCGUUGACUUCACAUAUUGAGAAGUGAGUCAAAUUUCCUGAUUAUCUCAUUAUUCCUCAUUAUUAGCUCAUCAUCCCAGUAGUGUCAAAUGCAGCACGCCCUUUACUGAAUGUCCAUUGAGUUAUUUUUUUUUUCAAAAGGCAUCAUCAUUCAUUGACACAUAUCCUGGAAUGACUGGAUAUAGUUUCAGACCUAAGUUCUUUCAAAUUGUCCAAUGAAUUGGUAUAGGACGGGAAGCCAUUACCUGAGAAAUACAGCUUGUUCUCCUGGGUUUCUUGUCUUAUAUCAACGUUUGGAUGUUAUUUUAUAUAAUCUACUCUAGGGUGAAGCUACCCAUCAGCACCAUAUUACAAAUUAAACACACAAGAGAUGGAAGCAGACGGUCUAAUAAAGUGUGAUUGAAAGAAUUUAUAAACACCAUGUCUUUUAUCUCCCCUUCCCCCCCCCUUCAAAUUUCUGGUUAGUGAUUUAUAACCAUUCCCUUAAAAUUUUUGUUUCCUAUCACUUCUCCUUUCUUUUCCUCUUCCCCACUCUAUGAAAAAAAUAAAAGAGUCUAUCUCAAAUUAUACACUGGACCCAGUGCCUGCUGGGACAGGACAGUGGGUUUCUUAACACUGUUUAAUGCAGUGUAGACAGUUUCAAAUAAAGCAGAUAGUUAUGUAUAAUA